UGUCCCAAGCAUGCGGGGCGGGGCUUACUGCAGGUGGAGUUGUCAGUCUGCAAUUUUGAAGAAGGGGCUGGAGGAGGAUAAACAACCCGAGCUGGAAACGAUCAGAAAAAGUGCAAGCAAAAGUAAUGUGGCUCGGUCACGCUGGGGGGUCUUCCUUGUCGGCGAGAUGACGGGAGGUGCAGAUUGCCCCUGGACAGGUAGUUAGGAGUGUGUGCUCCCCUGGACGGAGAAGAGCCGAAUACUCGGGACCAGGAUCAGUGUUGUACACAAGGGCCAGGGAUGCCCAAGGAACCAAGUGGAGAUGACCAAAGGUGUGAAGGGGAUAGGGAACACACCUCCCGUCCAGCAAGUAAAAAUGCUAAAGACAAAAGCAACAGCGCCGCCCUUUUGGCCUCUAGAGCAAGAGCACACACUGAACAGGAAACAAAUGGACGUGACUCGCGCUGCUCUGAGAAAGACUCUGGUUACUCGGACACUGGCUCAGACUCCUUGCAGACUGAUGCAGAUGACCAGCAGAGCAGUGUGAAUGAGCCUCAGGUCCGCAAGGGUUUGGGUGGGUUGGAGCAGGGAAGCCACUUACUGGUGUCCGGGACGCCUGAACUCACCCCUAUAUUCAUCAUUAAGAAUGUGGUGUUGAAGCAGCCUGGACAGUCUGGUCAGGACCACAUCCUUCCUUCCUCUCUGCCAUGGGAUGGAGGUGCUACAAGCAGUCAGGGUCCCACCCACGUCCUCUUGCUGCAGCAGCCUGGCAUCAAUCAAAGUGCCCCAUUCCACAUCCUCAAACCCCAGCCACAGAGAUCCGAAAGCAAGGGUGUAAAGAAGAGCAAAAACACUUACCUCCCCAUCCUAAACUCCUACCCUCGAAUAGCACCUCACCCAAGUAAGAAAACCCCAGAGAAACCAACGGCCAGUAGAGGAAGUAACACAGAGGAGCACAGCCUGAGUAAGAGAGUAUGCACAGAGGAGAAGAGAGACGAGGUAUCCACAACCACGCAAGCGCCCAAGCAGCAUCUGCACAAACAGCCAGAGAACAACUUGCUGUUGCAAUCUCAUUCCCUCCCACUGUCUGCAGGACGUGAGACACUUUCUGGCUCUCACCAGCACCAGAGCCCCUGCCGCCCAUCUAGUCCCUCUGCCUCCCUCAACGUGAGCUCUCCAUCCAUCUCAAGCACUCAGACGCUUUCCCCACCCUCUUCCAAUGACCUCAUCCAGGGCAGAAAAGAGCCCCAUAAGCAUUGCCCAGAACCGAAUAGCAGCUCUGGCAAAGGGUCAAACAACCUCAAAGGGACAGCACGGCAGCGUCGCUUCCUCAACACAGUGGAGAUUCUGAGCCAGCUGGGACUACUAGACAUCACCUUAAGGACGCAGGAUCUGCUGCGGCAAAAUGCGGCCACCGAACGAGACAUAGCCCAGCUCCGCCAACAUGCCCAUCUGCUUUUCCAGGCCGCCCAAGCAGGUGCUGAUGCUCCGGCUGCCUGGGAGAAGCUCCAACAGGUCAUGGCUGAGUCUGGGCACUAUCCCAGCCUCAAGUGCCUACCUACAGACAGCAGCAAUGGAGGGUCUCAAUCAAAAGUAGAAGUCGAGGCAGCCACCAGCACCAAACCUGAUACUCCUGUGGUGUACAGAUAUGGACUUAAUGGCACUGAAGAGGUGGCGCCCCCCUCUCCUCUUCUAGCUCCAAAUCCAGAUGCAGAAUGGCAGUCAACAGGUCAAUACGAUUUUGUCAGUUAUAACACCACCACUUCAGAGCAAAUCAGAGCUUAUAGAGGAACCGUGAGUCCACCAGAUGAUCCCAUAAUGCCUCCAGACAGCUCUACACAUGGAAACCUACUUUAGACUGCACCCAGAAACCUGCUAAGCACUGGGCCUUUACAGCAUAGAAACAGCAAGGGAGACUACAAGAUACUUUCAUGAACAUCUCAAACAUGAUUUCAGAGAUGUUAUCAUUUCCCAAUAUUCUCCACGGUAACUCAGGGCUGUGCUCAAGGACAGUGUCUUGACUGCGCAGCGUGCCAUCUUCCUGUCUGUCACAUUUCUACUCAUCUGCAUCUACAAACACCCAAAGUGUCUGAUGAGAGCUAUAUGGAAUUAAACACACAUGCUACAGACUGCCACUCAUCUAUCUGCAUCAGCUACCCUGCCCCAUAAUAGAAUCAACAAGCAACUUCAGGUUUUCAUGCAUAGUCGAUCACAGAGUAAUCAAAAAUGACUGCCUGUUUCCUACUUUAUGUUGAUUUAUAUUAGAGACUAGUUGAAUAAUUUGCAGUUGUUGUCACAGUUUGUAGCAUGUAGUGUUUCUGAAGAACAUGACUGGGAAUGGUAUUUUGCAAAAAUGUGGUAAUAAUUAGUGAUGAGAUCCCCUCUGUGAGGCCUUGUUGCUUAAAGAAAAGAAGAAUAGUGCAUAAAGGGCCCGAAAAGUCCACACAUGCAAAGACUAAGAACAGUGUAAGAAUUCUUCCCACAGUGGUCUUGCUAAAGUCCAUGGAGCUUAUGUUCUUCUAUGCAGUGCGCACCUCAUUAAUCUCAUUGCAUUGAUCUGCUUGCUUUACGUCUUCAUCUUUGACCAUGGACCAAGACACCCAUUACUCAAGCCUUUUGAAUUGGGUUCAAUGAGAUGAAGGGUCAAAUUUAAGUGUUUAUAUGAGCUGUAUUUCCCAUUCAUUUGAUCACAGAUCAUGACGUCUUUGUGAGCUUUCUUGUGUUAAUAGUGUUUUGUGCCAGCCUUAAUGUAUUCUGCAACAUCUUUACAUUUCUUCCCCAAUUCUCUAGUAAAGCACCAAGCUUUUUGACACAUUUUUUGAUACUCUUGACAUGACGCUAAUAUAUUAUUUGUUGUUGUUUGUGGUAUGUUUCCUUUUAUUUACUUACUGAGUAUUUUUGAGUAACAGAAGUUGUAUAUGAAUUGGUUUGUGUCUAAAGAAGCCGUCAGGCCCACACAGAGAUUUUACAGAAUUCUGCUGUCACUCACAAAAUUGUGCAUAUUCAUCAUUGUAUAUUUGUUUAUGAAAUAGUUUGGAUAAUUUGAUUAGGGUUCCAGAGUUUAGUACUUUAUAGGUUAACACGUUUUAAGUUUUAGUAGAGCAGAUUUAUAGAUAUUUAGAAAGCUCUGCAGAUUCCACUUGGGCAAGAUUGUUUAAUAACCUUAGAGUUCUUCUUUGUGACUGAUUUUUUUCUUUCUGUUUGUACACAGCAAUGAUCUUAAGUCCAAAUAAGGAGGGAUGUACAGGAGGGAUGUUCUGAGCUGUGUCUGUGUGUGUGUGUGUGUGUGUGUGUGUGUGUGUUUGAUGGCCUGUGGAAGCGAUGAAUGGCAUGCUAUGACAUGAUCGAUAUUUGAUCGAUAUCUGCCCAUGUAGCAGCACAAGAAGUACAGUACGUGAUGCAAUUCUAAUGCAUUUUAAGAAUGAUUGUGUAAGCUAUACUCUGACAUAAAGUGAUAUCAAACAGAA